AUGGCGACCGUAUUGGCAGAAAGCCACGGUCUAACGAUGAAAGAGAUAAAAGCGACUAAUGACAAUGGCGACCGUAACGGCAGAAAGCCGCGGUCGCACAACAAAAUAGUCAAUAGCGACCAUAUUCGCAAAACCAGAGUGUAUAUUAUGGUGUCAGUAAAGAGUGACAGACCGAUACACCUCCAGGAGUGUGCUCCUAAUGAGAUAAUUUAUUUGCAGCAGCAAGUUGGAGUCUUUUUUGUGCCAGAGCCAGUGUCAACCUUAUAG